GGAAAAGAGGAAUCAACAUUUGUAAAUAUCAAUAAGAAAUCCAGUCUUCAGGACGCUAAUGUAAGAAGUCCUAUUCCUAUACGUGUGGAAACUACCCAACCAGCUGUGGAAAAGCCGGAAAUCAAGCCUCCCCGAGUGAGGAAGUUAACAAGACAGUAUAGUUUUAACCGCAGUGAUGAAGACGACCUUCCUCCAGACCUGGCUGAGGCAGUGGGAGUGACCCCAGCUACAGCCACAAACACUGCAACUGCCGCCACGCAAGUCUCAGUACCACUGGCGUCCCCCAAGGUCCAGAAAGUCUGCUCGCCUCAGAAGUCAGAAGGCAAGGGCCAGCUGUCCCCAGGGGCCAAGAGCCCCUCUGACCGAGGAGGUGCCUUUACCCUGGAACCAGGCGAUCUUCUGAUGGAUUUCACAGAAGCCACUCCUCUGGCAGAGCCCGCCAGCAACCCCCACUGUGCCCACUCUCGCUGUUCUCCUCCACUCUCUCUCCCCAUGAAGGAAGAGACCACUGGAGUUUGCAUGUACCCUCCAAUCAAAACGAGGCUGAUAAAAGCAUUCCCGGCUGAUACAAUGAACCUGUUUCCUGAUCCUUUUACCACAGGGCCACAGUUUACUGCAGACUUUAGAGACAGUAAAUUACAGUGCUGUCCUGGCCAGUCUUCCCCGCUGAUUCCAGCAGCAACCCUGAGGCCUUUGACAGAGACCAUCUCCACAGUGCAGACCAUCUAUACCCCCAGGAAGCCUGUUUCUCUGGCAGCAAGUGCAGAGACGCUCCGGCAGGAACUGGAGAGAGAGAAAAUGAUGAAAAGACUGUUGAUGACCGAACUGUGAAAUUCUCCCCUUGUCGCCUGGAGGAUGGCGUGGUGCCUUCUGUCCGUUUUCUUUCUUCGGGCUUUGUGUGCUCACUCAGGCACAACAUACAGAUGUUGUGUGAUCAGUUCGCCCAGGUCUCCACGGUUAGUUGAAGCCAACUUCUGGCUUGACUUUUAUUGGAAAAGUUAUUUCAUGUCUCCUGAGCAAUAGAGUUUUUCUAUUACUCAGUGUAAUUGAGACAGGGUUUGGUAAGCCUAGUAGAAAAAAGACGGGAAAUGGGAAUUCCUUUUCAGAAGUACCUGUGUGUACCUGUUAAUAACCACAGGGGCUAAUAUGGUGUGGAAUCCUUUGCUCUCAAUCUCAACCAUGUGACUUUGUAUGAUCAAAACUUGCAGCAAGCUUUGACUGUUUAAGAGUCAUUUUUAAUGAAAGAAUAAUUCUUUACUGCUGGUUUUUCAUUUACACUGAAAAAUACACAGCUCUUAUAAAGUCUUUAACAUUCAUUUUUAUUCAGACAUGAGUAGAUGAACUAAAAAAAGAAAGUUACCUAUCACCAUGACUGAAAAUACUUCAUUUUAACCCGAAAUAUAAUUUAAUUUGUGAACUUGUUGGAUGUGAUAUUAUUUGGGAUAAAUGGAAUUUAUCAUUGAACCCAAAGUAGGAAAUUCUAGUUUAAAUUGUCUAAAAAUACUUACAAGGUUAAGAUGAUUCAAUAUCAGGAAGAUUCAUUUGGAUAUUCCAUAAAGGAAAAUUAUUUCUAAAGUUGAUCAAUUGAUGUUCUGUUGAUAGAACCCUGACCAGAAGAAAUUUUGCUCUCUUUUUAUAUGGUUUCAAGAAAUGUGUUUUUAAAAUUUUAUCAUGCACUUGAACAACUUUGCAGGAAUAAAGGAACACCCUAACCACAAACUAUUCCUCCAAAUUAUUUCCCUGGCUUCCUCAAUGAAUAUGCACACGUUUUUACAUAGCUAUGAUCAGUGUGUACAUUCUCUUUUGUUGUAUUUCUAACCUAACUCUUAUCUCCUCUUAUCAACAGACUCUACUCUCACCAAUUUAAAUGUCUUUAUAUCCAUGUAACAUGGUUAACCUCACUUCUCCCCAUUAUUGGAUAUUUGAGUUAUAUCCAAUUUUUCACUCUUAUAAAUAGUGCUGCUAUGAAUUUCUUUGUAAAAAAAAAUGCUCCUUCCUUUGGAUUAUUCCUUUGGGAAUAUCUCCAAAGAGGAAUUACAAGGUCAAAGAGCAUAAAAUAUUUUAUAGCUCUUGUUUUAUAUUGCUGGAUUGCUUUCUAGAAAGAUCCAGUCUCUGGGUUGAAAGGACUUUAGAGGUCAUCUUGUUCAACUUCCCACCUCCUCUGAAUGCUUGAAUCCCCUUUACAAUUUAUGAUGCCACCAGCAAUGUAUAAGCAUUUCUAUUUACCAAUAGCUCUGCCAGUAAUAGGUUUUGCCAUUUUUAAUGUAUAUUUGCUAGUUUAAUAGGUGUGUAUAGUUCUUGAAAAGCUGUUUUAUUUCAUUAAUUUCUAGCGAGGCUAAGCACUUUUCCAUGUGAUGAUUUACUAGCUGUAGUUCCUUGUGUGUAAAAUGUCCAUCCAUUUCUUAUGACCACUUGUUAAGUGGAAUUGAUCUCAUGCAUUUGUAUCAGAACUGUAUUUUUAUGUUGUAUUGUAUACUUGGCUCUCCUGUCCCUAUCUUUAAAACUGAAUGGUGCCAAUAAUUUGAUACUAAUGACUAUAAAAAAAAGUAAUGCUUCAUUUGCUAGCAUUGUUGUAAAAUGAGGUAUGUAAGCAAAUAUUCAGAUAUCCGAGGAUUAACGCUUCAAGUGCUGAAUCUUUAAAAUUUUAAUUUUUUUUUUUUGAGGAAAAUCUUUCUAAAAUGUAUUACACACUUCCCUGCCUUAGUAAACAGAAUAUACUGGAGAGUAUUUAACCUUUUCUUGAUGAGUCGUAGUCAUCAUUAUAAACAUCAGCCCCUUUCGUACCUUGGUAUGGUGCAGUGAUAUAGUCAGGAGCUAUCAAAAUGUGGAGGGCUUGACUUGGCCUUUUAUAGAAUAUUAUAUUCUUUGCAUUGAUGACUUUUACUACUGUCUGCUCUGUCAGUGGAGCUGUUCGGGGCAACUGUAAUGUUUGGGGCUUUUUACCCCCAUGACCCCGGCUGUACUUUUAAAACAGCUUUAGCUGUUCUUUAUCUUGUGCACAUGAUAAAAAAUGUGUUCCUGUAUAACAUGGGGUUGUCACCUCUUGACAAUCCAGCACCUCUUCCUCUUCUAAACUGCUUUCUGAGGCUUCUGCUCUUCACGUCCUGCUCUCUGAUGGAAAUCUCCAGGACAAAGCUGGAGGUUUCUUGGGGAAGCCAAGAAACCAAGUAUUUCAUAUGUGUCAGGAUUGCUUUGCUUCUGAGAAGGGAUGCAUGGGCUUUUUGGCUGCUGUUUUUAGGAUGCUCUGAAUCUCCUGCUUCUUAUCCACUUCUCCCUGGGUUCACAAAUGUUCCAGAAGGUUGAUGUCACUGGAAGUCUGACCAGAAACAAGUUGGCUGUUAUUGUAUAUGAAAACCCAGUACCUUUGGCAGCUCAACUCUAACCAGUAAAAUCAAGAGGAUUCUAUUAUUUCA